AUGAGGAGGCGCGGGCCCUUCCACCCACGUGUCCAUUGGGCGGCGCCGCCAUCACUCUCUUUUCGGCUACACCGCCUUCUCCUCCUCCGCGGAACCCGGAUCCCCUCCUCCAACAUCCCGCCCCGUCACGGGAGCCUCUGAUUGGACAGAGAUACGGUCAAUCCUCCUCGAGUUAGGGAGCCGAUUGGACGCGAGGCCUUCGGGCCGCCCCCAGCCUCGUCGCAUUGGCUUCCUGCGCGUUGGCGCAACGGAAGAGGCGGCCGGCCGAGGGCGCGCCUCUGCUCCGUCUGGACUACCGUGGAGGAGGAAAGGAGGAGUCAGACUCUGGGGGGCUGGCUCGGGCGGCAGCGGUGGCUGCUGCGGAUGGGAGCGGGCCGGCUUGGCGCGCCCAUGGAGCGCCACGGCAGGGCCUCCGUCGCCUCCGCCACCUCCGCCUCGUCGGCAGGGGAGCAGGCGGCGGGGGGCCCCGAAGGGCGGCGGCGGGAGCCACUGCGGCGCCGGGCGAGCAGCGCGUCGGUGCCCGCGGUCGGGGCCUCGGCGGAGGGCGCGAGGCGGGACCGGCUGGGCUCCUACAGCGGCCCCACGGCGGUCACCCGUCAGCGCGUCGAAAGCCUGAGGAAAAAGCGGCCGCUUUUUCCAUGGUUUGGCUUGGAUAUCGGUGGAACUCUGGUCAAGCUGGUUUAUUUUGAACCCAAAGACAUCACCGCUGAAGAAGAGGAGGAAGAAGUGGAAAGUCUUAAAAGCAUUCGGAAGUAUCUGACCUCCAAUGUGGCUUAUGGGUCCACAGGCAUUCGGGACGUGCACCUCGAACUGAAGGACCUGACUCUGUGUGGACGCAAAGGCAAUCUGCACUUUAUACGCUUUCCCACUCAUGACAUGCCUGCUUUUAUUCAAAUGGGCAGAGAUAAAAACUUCUCAAGUCUCCACACUGUCUUUUGUGCCACUGGAGGUGGAGCGUACAAAUUUGAGCAGGAUUUUCUCACAAUAGGUGAUCUUCAGCUUUGCAAACUGGAUGAACUAGAUUGCUUAAUAAAAGGAAUUUUAUACAUUGACUCAGUUGGAUUCAAUGGACGGUCCCAGUGCUAUUACUUUGAAAACCCUGCUGAUUCUGAAAAAUGUCAGAAGUUACCAUUUGAUUUGAAAAAUCCAUAUCCUCUGCUUCUGGUGAACAUUGGCUCAGGGGUUAGCAUCUUAGCAGUAUAUUCCAAAGAUAAUUACAAACGGGUCACAGGUACUAGUCUUGGAGGAGGAACUUUUUUUGGUCUUUGCUGUCUUCUUACUGGCUGUACCACUUUUGAAGAAGCUCUUGAAAUGGCCUCUCGUGGAGAUAGCACCAAAGUGGAUAAACUAGUGCGAGACAUUUAUGGAGGGGACUAUGAGAGGUUUGGUCUGCCAGGCUGGGCUGUAGCUUCAAGCUUUGGAAACAUGAUGAGCAAGGAGAAGCGAGAGGCUGUCAGUAAAGAGGACCUUGCCAGAGCGACUUUGAUCACCAUCACCAACAACAUUGGCUCAAUAGCAAGAAUGUGUGCCCUUAAUGAAAACAUUAACCAGGUGGUAUUUGUUGGAAAUUUCUUGAGAAUUAAUACGAUCGCCAUGCGGCUCUUGGCAUAUGCUUUGGAUUAUUGGUCCAAGGGGCAGUUGAAAGCGCUUUUUUCGGAACACGAGGGUUAUUUUGGAGCUGUUGGAGCACUCCUUGAGCUGUUGAAGAUCCCCUGAUCGUUACCUGGGGAGGGGUUCCCGAAACCUUCCACAAUGGGAUCUGUGGACUUUCAUUUUUUUUAAGAGACUUACUCAAUUUCACGACUGUGUACUACCCGAAUCAAAGUGAGAAAGGACGUGUAUUUUUCUAAGUCAUCAAGAUAAAUUCUUAAAAAUUCAGUCUGAACUAGCAACCAGGAAGGAAAGAUACAUUAAAAACAACAACAAAGUGGCCCAUGUCCAGGCAGUGUGAGGAUUUGCUGUAUAUAAGUUGCCCUGCUGUGUAUUUUUUGAAAUCUCUGUAUCACUCACUGGAGAUGCUUCAGAAAGGGAGCUGCUUUGUGUUCAGUUGACUGUGGUUUUGUGUCUUUUUUGAACUUGCUGAAUGAAAGGCAGGUCUACAAUGUGUUAAAAUCUAAUCACAAUUUGUCAAUAUGGUCUUGGCGAUCAUCUGUGCAUUACUCUGGUUUGCAUUAAGCCUGCGUGUGAACUUGCUGUAAGACAUGUUUUAUUUUAAGGUUCUGCAAACUUAAUUGGGCAAGUUAAUUGUGUACCUGAAACUUAACAAGCGGUUUUUGGAAGGGCAGUUCCACGUUACUUUACACUAAAUGCUGGGACUGAAUGUCUGGAAA